UUUUCGCAAACAGUAUUCACGAGAAUUUCAGCGGGAUUAAGCACGAAUAAUAUUUUAGCAAAUAUGUCGCAUCAACAAAUAACCGUCAGUCGCAGUUUUUGGCUAUACGUGGCUUUGGUAGCGGCGCUGUUACAGUGCCAACUGGUUUGCUCUCAAUACAGUGGAUAUCCGUACUAUGGAAUAGGGGGAAGCGCAUCGGCUGGCUCGGCUUAUGGCAUGUUUGGCAAUGGCUACGGAUAUGGAUAUGGCUAUCCGCCGUACUAUUCGUAUCCCGGCUAUGGAUACACAUAUCCUGGCUACGGCUAUGGAGGUGGAUCCCUAGGCGGAGGCGGUGCAUAUGGUUAUCCAACUUAUGGCUAUCCGACCUAUAACUAUGGUGGUUAUCCUUAUGCAGGCACGAACACGGCUUUUGCAAGCAGCAGUGGAGGAUUCGCCAGCGCAAGUGUUGGGAGCGGAGGUGGCUUUUACGGUUAAGACAUAAGCACUGAACAGAUAUUUAAGCUAAUAAUUAGUCACAAUGUGUACAUAUUGAAUAAGUAUUGUACUUUAGUGGAUUGUGUUAUAGUAUUAAAUUCAUGAUUUUUAUAAAAAAGAAGAAACAAAACUAAUCUAUAUCAUAAUCAACCAAUCAUCGCUAUAUUCUUCAAUGAAAAAUUCAUUGAGCCAUUUAAACUAACCACUUUUUCCCGCCAAGAGAAGAAACCGAUAACAAAUGUCAGUGCUGCACAAUGCUCGACUAUCGUUAUUCGAGCAAGCGGCGAUUUAUCGGUAGCUUUCUAUUUAUUUCAUUUAAUUAAUUAAUGUUGCCGGAAAACUAUUUUUAAAGUUCCCACAGCUAGAAUAUCUAUAAAUUAUAAUAACAUUUAGUGAAUUCUCUCAAAAAUGUUAUUACUGAACUAUCGAUAAAUAUCAGCUGUGCAAUAUAUUAAAAUUUAAAAAGCACAUACAUACAUACGCACUGUUCUAACGGAUGGAUACAUAGGUAGACCAAUAAAGGCCAAACAAAUACAAAGACUUCGCGUGCCUUUUGUUCAUUACGUUCGCGAAAGCCCACAAAG